AUCUUUUGCCAGCAUUCCUCAUUCACAUUACCUAAACAUUAGAGGUCAGAACUCAAAUUUCAUAAUAAAGCCUAUCAGUAAUGUCAAAACCACGUUUUCUGCAAUAGGAACCUUGUAUUUGUACUUAUUCAAUCCUCAAACGUCAGCCAGCCAGCCAGCCCCUGCAACUACCGAUCUUAUUGACUCAUUCCUCUGCAGAUCUGAGCUCCUUUCGUUUGUCCUGGAAGCACAACAUCCAGGCGCGCUAAAAUCGCGCAGCGGUGACCAGGCGCAUGUGCAGUACAGCCAGAGAUUUUUUUUUUCCCCUGUGCUGGAGAACUUGCAGCUCGAGCGACGUGUCUUUUGCUUGUUUUUCCAACGAUAAACUAUCAGUACCAACGCAUAUACGCUAAAAUGGGGGAAAUUAGACUUCCAAGACAUAUGUUUCUUUGGAGCAUGUCUGUUAUUUACAUGUUUGCGUUUGCGUCGCUUUAUGUGCAGAUACCAGGUCUCUAUGGAAACGAUGGUAUCCUGCCCGCACGGUGGCAGAUGCGAUACACUGGGAAGUCUCUACUGGAGCAGCUCCGAGACUCGCCCACCUUGCUGUGGCUGGGUCCUCGACUAGGCCUGGACACCCAGCAGGGAAUGGAGUUGAUAUGCCUGUUGGGGACCCUGCUAGCCUUUGGCGCAAUGGUGUUGGAGCCACUGAGGGACAGCCUAAUCUUCUUUUGCCUAUGGGCCCUUUACCUCUCUCUCUACCAGGUUGGACAAGUCUUUCUCUAUUUUCAGUGGGACAACUUGUUGCUGGAAGCGGGGUUCCUUACUAUCCUUAUAGCUCCUUUGAAUCUCUUCAGAUCAAGGGCAACCUUGAAGUACCAUGACAGCAUCACGUUCUGGCUGACCCGCUGGCUUCUCUUCCGCCUCAUGUUUGCCUCUGGAGUCGUCAAACUGACAAGUCGAUGCCCAACUUGGUGGGGCCUCACAGCUCUAACAUACCAUUAUGAAACCCAGUGCAUCCCUACGCCUCUUGCUUGGUAUGCCCAUCAGUUCCCAAUGUGGAUUCAGAAGCUGAGUGUUGUCGGCACGUAUGUCAUUGAGAUAGCCAUCGCGCUACUCUUCUUCGCACCCAUCAGGAGCCUGAGACUGGGUGCAUUUUACUUUCAGGUUCUUCUUCAGGUGUUGAUAAUACUAACUGGAAACUACAACUUUUUCAACCUCCUCACCAUUGCCCUGUGUUUUUCCUUGCUGGAUGAUGACCAAGUAAACUCAUGGUGUGGACAUGGCAAGAAGAAGAAGUACAAAUCCUGGAUGCAAACACUGUUCUAUUGGGGAGCACUUCUAAUUGAAUUAGCUGCCUACAUAUUGAUUAUAUACUGGACUGUGGUGUAUUUUGAAAUUCAGAUCAACUGGGAGCAGAAAAGUGUAUCAUCAAAGACGGCAUUCAACUAUCAUGAAUUUAUCCACUGGCUAAAGCUGGUAACCAUUCCUACCAUUUGGAUGGGAGUCCUCUCCCUUACCUGGGAACUUGUCACAGCCAUGUUCAAGUGUGCCAGUGUUCGGGGGGUUUUCUGGAAGCUGUGGUCCACUAUUCAGUGGGCAAUAUUUGCCACUGCUGCUGUAGGCAUGUUCACAGUUAGCCUGGUCCCCUAUACGUUCAUCGAGUAUGAUGCCAAUAGCAGGUUGUGGCCAGGCAUCAGAAAGGUGUAUGAUGUUGUUGAUCGCUACCAGCUAGUGAACUCCUAUGGGCUUUUCAGGAGGAUGACUGGGGUUGGAGGUCGUCCGGAAGUGGUGAUAGAGGGCAGUAUUGACAAAGAGACGUGGACAGAAAUCCAGUUCAUGUAUAAGCCUGGUAACAUCAGCGCCCCUCUCCCGUGGGUGACUCCCCAUCAGCCCCGACUGGAUUGGCAGAUGUGGUUUGCAGCUCUCGGCCCUCAUACACAAAGCCCGUGGUUCACAGCUUUGGUCCAUCGCCUUCUACAAGGGAAGAAGGAUGUGAUCAAUUUGAUACAGGUGGAUGAGUCUCAGUACCCUUUCAGCCAACAGCCUCCAGCAUUCAUCCGGGCCAAGCUUUACAAGUACUGGUUCACUGAAAUGAGUGAUGGGCCCAAUCCACAGAAUUGGUGGAGAAGACAGUUUGUUGAAGAAUUUUACCCUACAGUGUUCCUUGGGGAUCCCACAUUAGAUGCAAUGCUCAGUCAGUUUGGACUGAAGGACAAGGGACCUUUGAAACGCACCAUGGAUGCCUUUGUUCCGGUUGUCCUGCGACACGUUCGUGAUUAUGUCCGAUCCCUGACGGGGCCCCAGGUCCUGUGGGCCCUCUUCCUCACUGGAAUAGCCAUCUGUCUCCUUAAAACGCUCUCUGGCAGAACUCCAAGAGGCAGCAAACCAAAGUCUACCGUUAGUGAAAGCAAACCCAAAAAGACUAAGGACACGGCGGGUGCUACGGUGAAGAAGGAUCAGGGGAAGAAAAAAGAGGACUUGACUGCGAAUGAUGGAGAGAAUUCGGAAGAGCAGAUGGUAGAUUCAGAGAAAAGCACCAAAAAAAGAAAGUGAUGGUAUUUGGCUUCGUCCCUGAUAAUGUCCAGUGGAAAACAUAGAGGUCAUUCCAAAGUGCCCCUAAAGGAUUCUUUUAGAACGGUCACUCCAAAGCUUUUCUCCAAGCCCCCCAAAUGUACCAAAUGUACUUUUUUCCCCCCAUCGAACAUUUUCUAGACUUAAACGACCUUGGUUGAUUUUUCCUGUGUUGUGCUGUAAUUUUCAGAAUAAGUACCUCGAGUAGCUAGAAGAAAUGUUCAGCUAGGCAUUUCUCUCCAUCUUCAAGGGGUAAAAUCGUUUAGGCCUUUUAAAGCCCACAUCCUUGGUGUUGCAAUUUAUUAGAACCAAAGUAAAGAAACAAGUGGCAAAAUGGCUAUCUGAACCUGCUGUAGUGCUUUUUAUUUAAUUAGGGGUAAAUUUUCUAACACAUCCUGCCAAUAAAGGGACUUGUUUUCAUUGUUAGAACUGCAGGAUUAUUUCACUUUUUUUGUUUUUCCCUGGUGAGUUUUUGUCACGUUUGUUGAACUGUAGGAUUCUGAAUGGUGGACCAUAUUUUGUUUCUUAGAUUGUCAUUUUAAAUCUAAACUAAGAAACCCUUUUGUAUUUUCUCCUACAUACCGUGCUUUCUUCAUUUAGUUCCAGAAUUUUGAAGGUUUUUACAAAAUGUUGUAAGAAUACAGUAAAAGUACAUUUUCACUACCGUGCUUUCUAUAUUAUGUAAUGGAUUUUAUGAUCUUCACUUUCCUAACCUUAAACAUAUGCUGUAGCUGUUAAUUUCUAACCCACUGAGAGCAAAUAUUUUUUCCUGCUUUGUGUUCUGCUUUGUGUUCUGAUUGUGGUUGAGUGUGGCAAAAAAAAGUAUGCAUUCCAUUUUUUGUUUUAUAUUGGAUUGAGUUGGCAAUUAAAUGUAUUGAAUGGUAAAUUAAAAGUAUUCCCAAAAUCCCCAGGUUUUGCUUUAGGGCAGUGCUACUUACACUCUGUGGCAUUGCUUUUGAAGUUCUCUUUACACUGUGUAUAAACUUGUCUUAUAAAUGCCUACAAAAUAUUCAAGUGUUUUUUGCUUAUGACGGUACCUUUAAUUUGAGUGCCAGUGAAUGAAAUAGUGCCACCUGGAGAACACUUGUGUAUACCCCUGGGAAUGUAAUGAAAUAAUAUGUCACUUUAUUAACAGUGGUCAUCACUUUGAGUUGCACUAAACAAAGGCUUAAAAUACAAGUUCGCCUUGGACUGCCUUUCUUUAAAUGAGGUCUGGUUUGUAUGUUUAGUUUUGUUGGUUAGAUUGAAUGAAAACCAUUCCAUAAAAACCUAAGAGACUUUGGAGUAAUGCAUGUAAAGUUCUUCAUUACAAAGCACUAUUUGUUAGCAUCUUGGGAAGGCAUAGUCAUUACUACCUUCUUUGAAUGGAUCCUGCUUUUAGAAAUGUUUGUGACCUACCCAGAGCUUUUGUGUAUUUUAAGCCAGGGAUCCAUUGUGUUUACAGAAAUAUGCUUCAGCUCAUGUGUGUCAGAAGUGUUGUAGGAAGCAUGCUGUGCUUCAGAGUAGUCUUAAAUCUGAUUGAAGUCAUCAAGAGGUUAGUUGAGAUCAAGGCAUAUACACUAAGGUUAUGUAAAAUAAAAGUAUAGCAGUUUCAAGCCAACAACUAAAAUGUGUGCAUUUCAGUUAGCUAUGAAACACAUAAAAUGUUUUGCAUGCAUUUUCUUAGCUUUUUCUCCUCUUCACGGGCUUCUUUGAGUAUCAUAAGUGUUAAAAGCAUUCUUGAUAUAUAACUAAAAUAAAUUAUCUGAAAUUACCUACCUUAAUGCCUUUUCCCAGAGAGACUAGGGCAAACGUAGUACACUAGGAAGUAUUCUGCUUUUGUUAUCAAACUAUUUAAUGAAUGAUUGUGCAUUAAGCUCAGGUGGCAGGCCUGUUUGAUUGCAAACUUGAACUGUAAGUGUAACAUAAAUGGCUAUCUUACACUACCAAAGCUGCAAAAUGUAUGGGAUUCUGUGUCAAAAUCUUGAGACCGUGUGUUAGGUUUAUUUUUGGUGUGUGUGUUUGGUGUAAUCAUUCAGGUGACAUGACACGUUAUAACAGAAAUUGUGGGUUUGAACAAAGGCUUAGCUGCAGAGGAUGUCUGUGACUUGAUUUUUAAAUCGGUCAGUGCUCGCUUGUUGAAGCAAACGGCAGAAGGAUUUUAUUUUUCUCUGUGUUUUCAAAAUCACAAAUAUGAAAGCAAGGAUAUUAAAAGUGGACAAAUGUUUUAAAGCUGUGGAUGAUAUUUAUAAUAAAACUCUCUACAAAAUACAA